CAGAGUACAUCAAUUAAAUUGUCUCAAUAUAUAUCUCAAUAUAUAUAUACACAGAUUUUCUAGUUGGUGAUGGCUCUCAAGUACUUUGUAUUAACCAUUGCCUUAUUGGCUGUGGUGACUUCAAUAAGCCAUGCAUCUGAUCCUAGUCCUUUGCAAGAUUUUUGUGUUGCUGUCAAUGACUCCGUGGCUGCUGUUUUCGUGAAUGGAAAGUUUUGCAAGGAUCCAAAGGAUGUCACUGCUGAUGACUUCUUCAAGUCAGGUUUAAACGAACCUGGAAAUACUUCAAAUCGAGUUGGAUCUGCUGUAUCUGCCGUAAACGUCAACAACUUACCUGGACUCAACACUCUGGGCAUUUCUUUAGCUCGUAUUGAUUACGCACCAUACGGUCUCAACCCACCUCAUACACACCCCCGAGCAACUGAGUUUCUUGUUGUCCUUGAGGGCACGCUCUAUGUUGGCUUUGUCCUUUCAAACCCCGGUCCAAAUAUGAAAAAUAAAUUAUUUACCAAGAUUCUACAUGCUGGAGAUGUGUUUGUUUUCCCGAUAGGUCUCAUUCAUUUUCAAUUUAAUGUGGGAAAGACUAAGGCCGUUGCAUUAGCUGGACUCAGUAGUCAAAAUCCAGGAGUCAUCACUAUUGCAAAUGCAGUAUUUGGCUCAGACCCGCCAAUCAAGGACGAUGUUCUUGCAAAAGCAUUCCAAGUUGACAAGAAAGUUGUUGAUUAUCUCCGAUCACAAUUUUGAUGGGACAACAACUAGAUUAGUAUAAGCUAAAUAAUAACAAUGGUGCUUUUAUUUGUGCUUAUGUUUGGAAUUUAAAAAAUCAUAAAUAAAUCUCAUGAUCUAGUCUUGUGGACGGGUUUCACUGACCUUUGUAUUGGAUGUACUAAAUGGGGAAUUCUUAUGGUUUGUGUUUAGUAAAAUUAUGUUUAUCAGUUUAUCGUUUU